AUGAUUCUGGUACAGUAUCUGAGAUUUUUGGUUUGUGUGUAAUGUGUGUGUUUACAUGUGUGUGUGACUGUUUAUCGCAGCGAAUCCCUGAGAAAAUGAACCAGUGCUUUCAUUCUAGCCCUCUGCUGUAGAGCAGUAGACACAUGUAUGUACAGUAUGUGGCCUGUAUUUGAUCUAUAUUUCUCUCUCUCUCUCUCUUCUUAGUCGGACAGCAAUGCCAGUUACCUGCGAGCAGCGCGGGCUGGGAACCUGGAAAAGGCCCUGGACUACCUCAAGUCUGGGGUGGAAAUCAACAUCUGCAACCAGGUGGGUGGCUUAUUAUCCAACAUCUGCUGUUCAAUUCAUUCAUUUUGUACACAAUACAAUACUUUUAAUGUAACUGAAACUAUAUGCAGUAAAUACAUUUAAUCCUGUGGCUGUGUGAUAAUUGUUUAACAUUUAUUUAUUUAUUGGGUAUACAGUUGAAGUCUGAAGUUUACAUACACCUUAGCCAAAUACAUUUAAACUCAGUUUUGGCUGGUCUACAAUUUUUUUUCUGAGGUCUUUUCUGAUUUCUUUUUAUUUUCCCAUGAUGUCAAGCAAAGAGGCAUUGAGUUUGAAGGUAGGCCUUGAAAUACAUCCACAGGUACACCUCCAAUUGACUCAAAUAAUGUCAAUUAGCCUAUAAGAAGCUUCUAAAGCCAUGACAUCAUUUUCUGAAAUUUUCCAAGCUGUUUAAAGGCACAGUCAACUUAGUGUAUGUAAACUUCUGACCCACUGGAAUUGUGAUACAGUGGAUUAUAAGUGAAAUAAUCUGUCUGUAAACAAUUGUUGGAAAAAUUACUUGUGUCAUGCACAAAGUAGAUGUCCUAACCGACUUGCCAAAACGAUAGUUUGUUAACAAGAAAUGUGUGAAGUGGUUGAAAAGUGGGUCUGUAUGUAAACUUCCGACUUCAACUGUAUGUUGUGAAAUUGUUAGAUAUUACUUGUUAGAUAUUUUUUUUUAUUUUACUAGGCAAGUCAGUUAAGAACAAAUUCUUAUUUACAAUGACGGCCUACACCGGCCAAACCCGGACGACACUGGGCCAAUUGUGCGCCGUCCUAUGGGACUCCCAAUCACGGCCGGUUGUGAUACAGCCUGGAAUCGAACCAGGGGGGUCUGUAGUGACGCCUCAAGCACUGAGAUGCAGUGCCUUAGAUCACUGCGCCACUCGGGAGCCCAAUGAUAAAUUUUGUGAUAAAUAUGAUAAAUAUUACUGCACUGUCGGAGCUAGAAGCACAAGCAUUUCGCUACACCCGCAAUAACAUCUGCUAAACACAUGUAUGUGAGAAAUAAAAUGUUAUUUGAUUUGAUUUAACAAGGCCACAACAUGAAUCACUAAUUUGAAUGGAUUUGAAAGGCAUAGCAGUUCCUCAUCUGAAUAAUCUCACGCCAUGUGCACAAUCUGUCUGUUUUACAGAGAAUGUAUGGGUGCCAUAGAUAUAUUUAAACACUUUCUGUCAUUUCUUUCAGAAUGGAUUGAACGCUCUUCAUCUGGCCUCUAAGGAGGGUCAUGUGGAGGUGGUGGCUGAGCUGCUGAAACUAGAAGCCAAUGUGGAUGCAGCAACCAAGGUUAGUCCCACUCUGCAUCUAUCACUGCUUUGUUGCUUUGUUGCUGUCAGCCAACACUGUAGGUCCACAUGUAGCAGAGAUGGUUCAGUGAACUACAUGCAUGAUGAGUAACAAUUCAGAUGCUAGUUAUAUAUAAACACUGAGCACUAUGAAAAAUUCAACACUAAGGAGAGUCUUCAAACUACUCAAACACUGAGCAGAGAGUAGGAACUCCCUCACAAAAGCUGUUGUCUUUACCAGCUGUUGUCUUUAUCCAUAAGUCAAACAUGCUCACCUCCUCAUGUUCAGUACUGUACUCUAUGUGAGUUAUGUUGAUAUUGUGCAACAGUGUUGCUGACAUCAGAGACUCCAUCACGUGGAUGCUCGGGGUCAACACACCGCUCAGAACCCGCUGGUGGUUUAUUAAAAACUACACAGGUUUUAUUUACGGUGGUGGUACGAGGGCAGCCUGUUUAUGUGUGGGACGUGGUACAUCGGAAGUGACACAUCAAUGGCAGCCAGGGCCAGCGGGAGGCCAAAGCGAAAAUGCCAGCGCUACAAAGGCAUAACUGAGGUUUGGCAAGGGGGCGCAGGGAAUGGUACACUGGGACAGGUGGGGGAGGGAUUAACUGACAUGCCUUUCAUUCUCCUGUCUAAUCCAGAAAGGAAACACCGCUCUUCACAUAGCCUCCCUGGCCGGCCAAACGGAAGUGGUGAAAGAGCUGGUGACCAAUGGAGCCAAUGUCAACGCACAGUCUCAGGUAGGAUAUCCAUAACACACACACAUAACUUAGGUAUACUUUACACACACUCAGGUCAGAGAUACAGAACACAUCAGAACACAUCAUUAAACACACAUUCUAAUGACAACAAGUCUGUAUAGGACUCACACUGUAUUCCAUAAACACUGUAUUCCAUAAAUAUAUUAACAUAUUAACAUGACCAUAUCUUUAUAAAUGAAACAUCUACACAAUCACAUCUCUAUAUCCGUUCACCACUAGAAAAUCAUUCAUUUGAGAGAUCUGCCAGAGCAGAAGUAUUAGUCUGGCAGGGUUCUGACUGGGAAUAUACUCUCUAGGAUUGUGCUGUCCAUGCAUUUCACAUCUCUGAGACAAGGGGAAAUAUGUGUUUCCCUCUCCUUUCAUCAAAAACCCCAAUCUUGCCCCAUUGAGACAUUCCACAGAUCAAUAGCAAUAGACAGUGCUGACAAAGAUCACUGGAAUGUUUCACUCCACCAAAGAGUGCUUUUUUUCACUGCACACGGUUACUAUGGAAGUUGUGUAAUAUACUUUGUAUGGUACUGUAUAAAUUGUCUGAGCUGUGGUAUGAUAAAGUAUGAUAUACUGUAUUUGUCUGUCAUAAUAUAGGCUACUCUGUGUGCUUUAUAAUUGAUUGUUGAGUUUCCUGUUGGUCCUCUCUUGUAGAAUGGCUUCACCCCGCUGUACAUGGCUGCCCAAGAGAACCAUCUGGAGGUGGUUCGCUUCCUCCUGGAACACAACUCCAGCCAGAGUAUGGCCACCGAGGUGUGUGUCCCCGCCCACCCUGCCUGUUAAGUUGUUCACUGCUCUGCUCCCCCCCCCCCUCUCUCUCUCUCUCUCCCUGCCUCCAUAUUAUCUCCAGCUCUGCAUGGUUAACUCCAUCCUCUCCACCACCUCUUUUACUCUCUCUAUAUAUCCCCUCUCUCUUUCUCUAUUUCCAUCUCCCUCUUUCUCUCUGUUACUACCUCUCUCUCCUUCCCUCCUUUCCUCCACACUCUCUCUCUCUUGCAUACUGCCUCUCUCUCUUGCAUCCUGCCUCCCUCUCAUUCACUCACACUCCAAAUCUUGCUCUAUUGCUCUCUCUCUCUCUUUCUCACUCUCUCUAACUCUCUCUGUCUCGCUCUCUAUGUCCCCACCCUCUCUCUCUCUCUCUCCCUCUCUCCCUCUCUCUCUCUCUCUCUCUCUCUCUCUCUCUCUCUCUCUCUCUCUCUCUCUCUCUCUCUCUCUCUCUCUCUCUCUCCCUCUCUGUGGUGGGUUCAGGGACUCCAGCAGGCAGCGCCUCAUUGAUUGGUAGUGUAUAGUAGAGCUGAAUGACCUUGAGCAGGCCAGAGAUAAGAUCCUUUAUCCCCAUCAGCCUCUACAGUGAGGGAAAAAAGUAUUUGAUCCCCUGCUGAUUUUGUACGUUUGCCCACUGACAAAGACAUGAUCAGUCUAUAAUUUUAAUGGUAGGUUUAUUUGAACAGUGAGAGACAGAAUAACAACAAAGAAAUCCUGAAUAACACCUGUCAAAAAUGUAAUAAAUUGAUUUGCAUUUUAAUGAGGGAAAUAAGUAUUUGUCCCCUCUGCAAAACAUGACUUAGUACUUGGUGGCAAAAACCCUUGUUGGCAAUCACAGAGGUCAGACAUUUCUUGUAGUUGGCCACCAGGUUUGCACACAUCUCAGGAGGGAUUUUGUCCCACUCCUCUUUGCAGAUAUUCUCCAAGUCAUUAAGGUUUCGAGGCUGACGUUUGGCAACUCGAACCUUCAGCUCCUUCCACAAAUGUUCUAUGGGAUUAAGGUCUGGAGACGGGCUAGGCCACUCCAGGACCUUAAUGUGCUUCUUCUUGAGCCACUCCUUUGUUGCCUUGGCCAUGUGUUUUGGGUCAUUGUCGUGCUGGAAUACCCAUCCACAACCUAUUUUCAAUGCCCUGGCUGAGGGAAGGAGGUUCUCACCCAAGAUUUGACGGUACAUGGCCCCGUCCAUCGUCCCUUUGAUGCGCGGUGAAGUUGUCCUGUCCCCUUAGCAGAAAAACACCCCCAAAGCAUAAUGUUUCCACCUCCAUGUUUGACGUUGGGGAUGGUGUUCUUGGGGUCAUAGGCAGCAUUCCUCCUCCCCCUAACACGCCGAGUUGAGUUGAUGCCAAAGAGCUCGAUUUUGGUCUCAUCUGACCACAACACUUUCACCCAGUUCUCCUCUGAAUCAUUCAGAUGUUCAUUGGCAAACUUCAGACGGCCCUGUAUAUGUGUUUUCUUGAGCAGGGGGACCUUGCGGGUGCUGCAGGAUUUCAGUCCUUCACGGCGUAGUGUGUUACCAAUUGUUUUCUUGGUGACUGUGGUCCCAGCUGCCUUGAGAUCAUUGACAAGAUCUUCCCGUGUAGUUCUGGGCUGAUUCCUCACCGUUCUCAUGAUCAUUGCAACUCCAUGAGGUGAGAUCUUGCAUGGAGCCCCAGGCCGAGGGAGAUUGACAGUUAUUUUGUGUUUCUUCUAUUUGCGAAUAAUCGCACCAACUGUUGUCACCUUCUCACCAAGCUGCUUGGCGAUGGUCUUGUAGCCCAUUCCAGCCUUGUGUAGGUCUACAAUCUUGUCCCUGACAUCCUUGGAGAGCUCUUUGGUCUUGGCCAUGGUGGAGAGUUUGGAAUCUGAAUGAUUGAUUGCUUCUGUGGACAGAAGGAUUUCUGGCUCCCAGGUGUCUAUUAUACAGGUAACAAGCUGAGAUUAGGUGCAUUCCCUUUAAGAGUGUGCUCCUAAUCUCAGCUCGUUACCUGUAUAAAAGACACCUGGGAGCCAGAAAUCUUUCUGAUUGAGAGGUGGUCAAAUACUUAUUUCCCUCAUUAAAAUGCAAAUCAAUUUAUAACAUUUUUGACAUGCGUUUUUCUGGAUUUUUUUGUUGUUAUUCUGUCUCUCACUGUUCAAAUAAACCUACCAUUAAAAUUAUAGACUGAUAAUUUUUUUGCCAGUGGGAAAAUGUACAAAAUCAGCAGGGGAUCAAAUACUUUUUUCCCUCACUGUAUAGUCUGGUUUACACUGAGAGCUGCCUAUGUAUUGUUUACAGUAUAUACUCCUGCACGCUGUCAAAUGUACUCUAUAUGCUGUGAAAUGUAAAGUAUCUGUUUGAUGUUCGAUGAAGUGCAAUAGAUUUUGGGUUGUAGGUGUUGUCGUCAGAUUGAAAAAAAGACAGGCAAAGUAAGAUAUUUGGUCAGACUUUGAGGAAUAUAGAUGUAUUAUUUAAAUAAGAUUUCAUGACAUCAUCUAUAAGAUUUCAUGACGGAUUUUGAUCCAAAUAAUUUAUAUACAGUUGAAGUCGGAAGUUUACAUACACCUUAGCCAAAUACAUUUAAACUCAGUUUUUCACAAUUUCUGACAUUUAAUCCUAGUAAAAAUUCCCUGUCUUAGGUCAGUUAGGAUCACCACUUUAUUUUAAGAAUGUGAAAUGUCAGAAUAAUAGUAGAGAGAAUUAUUUCUUUCAGCUUUUAUUUAUUUCAUCACAUUCCCAGUGGGUCAGAAGUUUACAUACACUCAAUUAGUAUUUGGUAGCAUUGCUUUUAAAUUGUUUAACUUGGGUCAAACGUUUCGGGUAGCCUUCCACAAGCUUCCCAAAAUAAGUUGGGUGAAUUUUGGCCCUUUCCUCCUGACAGAGCUGGUGUAAAUGAAUCAGGUUUAUAGGCCUCCUUGCUCACACACGCUUUUUCAGUUCUGCCCACACAUUUUCUAUAGGAUUGUGGUCAGGGCUUUGUGAUGGCCACUCCAAUACCUUGACUUUAUAAAUGAAAUAAUCUGUCUGUAAACAAUUGUUGGAAAAAUUACUUGUGUCAUGCACAAUGUAGAUGUCCUAACCGACUUGCCAAAACUAUAGUUUGUUAACAAGAAAUGUGUGGAGUGGUUGAAAAACAAGUUUCAAUGACUCCAACCUAAGUGUAUGUAAACUCCCGACUUCAACUGUAUACAGUACCAGUCAAAGGUUUGGACACACCUACUCAUUCAAGGGUUUUUCUUUAUUUUUACUAUUUUCUACAUUGUAGAAUAAUAGUGAAGACAUCACAACUAUGAAAUAACACAUAUGGAAUCAUGUAGGAACCAAAAAAGUGUUUAACAAAUCAAAAUAUAUUUUAUAUUUGAGAUUCUUCAGAUAGCCACCCUUUGCCUUGAUGACAGCUUUGCAUGCUCUUGGCAUUCUCUCAACCAGCUUCAUGAGGUAGUCACCUGGAAUGCAUUUCAAUUAACAGGUGUGCCUUUUAAAAGUUAAUUUGUGGAAUUUCUUUCCUUCUUAAUGCGUUUGAGCCAAUCAGGUGUGUUGCGACAAGGUAGGGGGGGUAUAUAGAAGAUAGCCCUAUUCGGUAAAAGACCAAGUCCAUAUUAUGGCAAGAAUAGCUCAAAUAAGCAAAGAGAAAUGACAGUCCAUCAUUACUUUAAGACAUGAAGGUCAGUCAAUCCAGAAAAGAUCAUAGGCAAAACUGCCCAUAGCACUACCCCUGUGGUCAUGUAACACUGUGUCUUUAGUAACACAGUACUAUAGUGGUUCAUCAUUGCUGUGGAAAUGUGCGAUGUCUAUGUCACUCACUUCCCCUACCCCUCUAACUAAGUUUCCCCCUGUCCCCCUCUAACAGGACGGGUUCACCCCCCUGGCGGUGGCUCUGCAGCAGGGACAUGACCAGGUGGUGUCUCUGCUCCUGGAGAACGACACCAAGGGCAAGGUGCGUCUGCCCGCCCUGCACAUCGCCGCCCGCAAGGAUGACACCAAGGCUGCAGCGUUACUGCUCCAGAAUGACCACAAUGCAGAUGUAGAGUCCAAGGUGACCGCUACACUACAUUCUGCUAAUGUUAUCUCUCUCCCUUUGCUUCUCACCUCUGUCUUCCUGGCUCUUUUCCCAUAUGAGUAGGCUCAUCUGUUUUAAUCUAAUUUAUUAAAAACAAUUUCUUUGUUGUUUAUUUCGUUUUUUUAAUUUAUUUUUUUACUUUGAGGUUUUGUGUAGGUGCAUAUGUAAUAAUGCAUUACAUUAUUCUGAGUAAGAUAAUACAGAGAGGUGAGAAAGAAAGAUGCAGAUUGAUAUAAAGAGAUAUGGCUGAUACUGUACUGUGACCUUAUAUCCUGUGGAACAAUUUAACCACAACUGACAGUUUGGUUUGGAAUUUAGCAACUUUUAAUCUUAACAUCAGCGCCAGUUUCUGUAUUAUAACUUCUCUGGCCAACUAGAGACCUACUCCAGUAACUCCACCUGUAAUCUCUCUGGCCAACUAGAGACCUACUCCAGUAACUCCACCUGUAAUCUCUCUGGCCAACUAGAGACCUACUCCAGUAACUCCACCUGUAAUCUCUCUGGCCAACUAGAGACCUACUCCAGUAACUCCACCUGUAAUCUCUCUGGCCAACUAGAGACCUACUCCAGUAACUCCACCUGUAAUCUCUCUGGCCAACUAGAGACCUACUCAAGUAACUCCACCUGUAAUCUCUCCUUGUUGUGUGAUGUUGUGUGCACACUAACCACCAGUUCUCUCCUCUCUUGGCUGGUCUUGUACCCUCUCCCCUAGAUGAUGGUGAAUAGAACGACAGAGGUAUACCUGUACACUGUACAGUACUUACUCUAUCCAUUGCAGCCCCCCCAAAAAACAGAAACAACCCCCUAUAUCAUACACUAGUGUUGCUGCAGCCCCAUAUCUCCCUUCUCUUUCAGUUUUUUUGCCUUUUCCCCAUUGCUUCAUUCAUGUAGUUUGUCUGUUAUUACUGGUAGAUAGAGAGCGAUUGUUCUGUAAUAAUGCAGCAUGUCUUACUAAUACUGAUGUGGACUGUGGAUAUCUGUAGCUGGAGGCAAGAAGGGUUCCAAGUUGUCUAUGGGUUCCAAGGAUUCCACGAGUUCCAAGGUUUCCAUGGGUCCCAAAGUUUUGAAAGAAUUCCAUUGGUUCCAAGGUUUCUUUCUAAGGAUUCCAUGGGUUCCAAUGUUUCCAUAGGUUUCAAGGUUUCCACAGAUUCCAUGGGUUCCAAGGUUUCCAUGGGUUACAAGGAUUCCAUGGGUUCCAAGGUUUCCAUGGGUUACAAGGAUUCCAUGGGUUACAAGGUUUCCAUGGGUUACAAGGAUUCCAUGGGUUCCAAGGUUUUAAUUGGUUCCAAGAUAGAUAUCCUGCCAUAACAUGGUUAAUGAUAAAUCACGUUAUGGCUCAAUACAGACAAGUCUUACUGUUUAGCAGACUGUAUUUUUACUAUAAUCUGGCCUAUUAGGUUUAAGGAACCCAGCCUCCCAGCAGCAGAGAAAUGGUCUACUAGUUUGGUUAUUAGACCGCAUUUAGAUCUUAACUUCCCAACCCCAUCCCCUUUAGGCUUGUGCAUGGGACGUUAGUUACUUCUGUUAGUGCUGUUUCCAGAGUAAAAACAGAAGGACCCCACCCCACCAAAAACAAUGGCAGAGCGGGCUGCCCUCUCAGAAUGCCUGUUUUGGUCAGCAUGGCUACCAGGCUGGCGGAUAUGGCUAGUAUCUUUACUUGGCUUCGUAAAUGUAGAUAUCACUGCAUGAUAGUAGAUGCUAAAAGCAUUGCCAAUCAAUAGUUUGGAUAGUUGGAUUAACUCCUUCUAAUGUGUUUUAAACUUAAUGGAACCAUCUGUGUCCCAUGGUGAAUGUCAGAGAUAUUACGUUUAUGAUUAAGUGUUUAAUGCAAAAAUAUAUCUUAUUGUAUGAAACCUCAAGCGGAUUUGUUUAUUCUUAUAACAUAAAUAGAACAGUGUAUAAUGCUCACAACUUUAGUAGUUUAUGUGCUGGAAGCUUGGUCAACCACCUGCUUUGUACUGGAUUAUUGGCUAAUUGAAAUGGGGAUCUCUGUGAUUGGAUAGCUUUAUCUAAAAUUAAGUCCCUGAUUGGAUAGCUUUAGCUGAAAUGUGCCCUUUCCCUUAUAUUCCUCUUGCUUGGACUGCUGCUUCCCUCUAAGCCAUGGUGUCAUUAGGAAGUCACCAGUGAAUGAAAUAGGUUACAUUCACAUACAGUGGGGGAAAAAAGUAUUUAGUCAGCCACCAAUUGUGCAAGUUCUCCCAUUUAAAAAGAUGAGAGAGGCCUGUAAUUUUCAUCAUAGGUACACGUCAACUAUGACAGACAAAAUUAGAAAAAAAAAUCCAGAAAAUCACAUUGUAGGAUUUUUAAUGAAUUUAUUUGCAAAUUAUGGUGGAAAAUAAGUAUUUGGUCAAUAACAAAAGUUUCUCAAUACUUUGUUAUAUACCCUUUGUUGGCAAUGACACAGGUCAAACGUUUUCUGUAAGUCUUCACAAGGUUUUCACACACUGUUGCUGGUAUUUUGGCCCAUUCCUCCAUGCAGAUCUCCUCUAGAGCAGUGAUGUUUUGGGGCUGUCGCUGGGCAACACGGACUUUCAACUCCCUCCAAAGAUUUUCAAUGGGGUUGAGAUCUGGAGACUGGCUAGGCCACUCCAGGACCUUGAAAUGCUUCUUACGAAGCCACUCCUUCGUCGCCCGGGCGGUGUGUUUGGGAUCAUUGUCAUGCUGAAAGACCCAGCCACGUUUCAUCUUCAAUACCCUUGCUGAUGGAAGGAGGUUUUCACUCAAAAUCUCACGAUACAUGGCCCCAUUCAUUCUUUCCUUUACACGGAUCAGUCGUCCUGGUCCCUUUGCAGAAAAACAGCCCCAAAGCAUGAUGUUUCCACCCCCAUGCUUCACAGUAGGUAUGGUGUUCUUUGGAUGCAACUCAGCAUUCUUUGUCCUCCAAACACGACGAGUUGAGUUUUUACCAAAACGUUCUAUUUUGGUUUCAUCUGACCAUAUGACAUUCUCCCAAUCCUCUUCUGGAUCAUCCAAAUGCACUCUGGCAAAACUUCAGACGGGCCUGGACAUGUACUGGCUUAAGCAGGGGAACAUGUCUGGCACUGCAGGAUUUGAGUCACUGGCGGCGUAGUGUGUUACUGAUGGUAGGCUUUGUUACUUUGGUCCCAGCUCUCUGCAGGUCAUUCACUAGGUCCCCCCGUGUGGUUCUGGGAUUUUUGCUCACCGUUCUUGUGAUCAUUUUGACCCCACGGGGUGAGAUCUUGCGUGGAGCCCCAGAUCGAGGGAGAUUAUCAGUGGUCUUGUAUGUCUUCCAUUUCCUAAUAAUUGCUCCCACAGUUGAUUUCUUCAAACCAAACUGCUUACCUAUUGCAGAUUCAGUCUUCCCAGCCUGGUGCAGGUCUACAAUUUUGUUUCUGGUGUCCUUUGACAGCUCUUUGGUCUUGGCCAUAGUGGAGUUUGGAGUGUGACUGUUUGAGGUUGUGGACAGGUGUCUUUUAUACUGAUAACAAGUUCAAACAGGUGCCAUUAAUACAGGUAACGAGUGGAGGACAAAGGAGCCUCUUAAAGAAGAAGUUACAGGUCUGUGAGAGCCAGAAAUCUUGCUUGUUUGUAGGUGACCAAAUACUUAUUUUCCACCAUAAUUUGCAAAUAAAUUAUUUUAAAAUCCUACAAUGUGAUUUUCUGGAUUUAUUUUUCUCAAUUUGUCUGUCAUAGUUGACGUGUACCUAUGAUGAAAAUUACAGGCCUCUCUCAUCUUUUUAAGUGGGAGAACUUGCACAAUUGGUGGCUGACUAAAUACUUUUUUCCCCCACUGUAUGAAGAAGUCAUGUAUUUAUGAUACAUGGGGUAACAGGCUGUUGUUGUUGAAAUCCUACAUAAACUACAGUAACUGCAGACUUUAUGCCCCUAUGUCUAUCCUUAUUGUGUGGUAGUUCAUGUGUUAUGAUCCAGUAUAACACUGUUGUAAGAUUGAAAUAAUCAUGAAAACUCAUGAUCACUUCGAAUGGUAUGACAUAUGAACGUCAACAUACCAUUCACACUCCAGUCUACAGCAUUUGUGUUCGGGUUUUCAAAACAAAGACUUGCUCUGCCACAGUGAGAAAAGUAAUAUUUGAUUGUUUAUGUGUACAGUAGUAGCCUGUAUACUUAUGCGAGUAUAGCUAAUAUGAGAAACUAAUAUCAAUCCCUUGAUUGUCUCUCACUCCUGUGUUGUUGUUGUGUGCUCUGCUCUCCUCCUGCUCCCUCAGAGCGGCUUCACUCCUCUCCACAUCGCUGCUCACUAUGGCAACAUCAACGUGGCCACGCUUCUGCUGAACCGAGGGGCCGCUGUGGAUUUCAUGGCCAGGGUAAGGCUGCUCUGCCCUCUGCUGCACAGGAGGAGCUACUAGCCACACUCCCCUACACUCUAUGGAGAAUUACACACAACAGACUACAUCCUCUUUGCAUCAUAUAGUGCUUCAAAACACCCCACCCUCCCACUGCCUACAGUUGAAGUCAGAAGUUUACAUACACUUAGGUUGGAGUCAUUAAAACUCGUUUUUCAACAUCUCCACACAUUUCUUGUUAACAAACUAUAGUUUUGGCAAGUCGGUUAGGACAUCUACUUUGUGCAUGACACAAGUAAUUUUUCCAACAAUUGUUUACAGACAGAUUAUUCCACUUAUAAUUCACUGUAUCACAAUUCCAGUGGGUCAGAAGCUAAGUUGACUGUGCCUUUAAACAGCUUGGGAAAUUCCAGAAAAUGAUGUCAUGGCUUUAGAAGCUUCUGAUAGGCUAAUUGACAUAAUUUGAGUCAAUUGGAGGUGUACCUGUGGAUGUAUUUCAAGGCCUACCUUCAAACCCAGUGCCUCUUUGCUUGACAUCAUGGGAAAAAAGAUCCAUCCAGACCUCCACAAGUCUGGUUCAUCCUUGGGAGCAAUUUCCAAACGCCUGAAGGUACUACGUUCAUCUGUACAAACAAUAGUACGCAAGUAUAAAAACCAUGGGACGACGCAGACAUCAUACCGCUCAGGAAGGAGACGCGUUCUGUCUCCUAGAGAUGAACGUACUUUGGUGCGAAAAGUGCAAAUCAAUCACAGAACAACAGCAAAGGACCUUGAGAAGAUGCUGGAGGAAACAGGUACAGAAGUAUCUAUAUCCACAGUAAAACGAGUCCUAUAUCGACAUAACCUGAAAGUCCGCUCAGCAAGGAAGAAGCCACUGCUCCAAAACCACCAUAAUAAAGUCAGACUAUGGUUGGCCACUGCACAUGGGGACAAAGAUCGUACUCUUUGGAGAAAUGUCCUCUGGUCUGAUGAAACAAAAAUAGAACUGUUUGGCCAUAAUGACCAUCGUUAUGUUUGGAGGAUAAUGGGGGUGCCUUGCAAGCAGAAGAACACCAUCCCAACCGUGAAGCACGGGUUGGCAGCAUCAUGCUGUGGGGGUGCUUUGCUGCAGGAGGGACUGGUGCACUUCACAAAAUAGAUGGCAUCAUGAGGAAGGAAAAUUAUGUGGAUAUAUUGAAGCAAUCAGUCAGGAAGUUAAAGCUUGGUCGCAAAUGGGUCUUCCAAAUGGACAAUGACCCCAAGCAUACUUCCAAAGUUGGAGCAAACUGGCUUAAGGACAACAAAGUCAAGGUAUUGGAGUGGCCAUCACAAAGCCCUGACCUCAAUCCUAUAGAAAAUGUGUGGGCAGAACUGAAAAAGCGUGUGCGAGCAAGGAGGCUUACAAACCUGACUCGGUUACACCAGCUCUGUCAGGAGGAAUGGGCCAAAAUUCACCCAAAUUAUUGUGGGAACCUUGUGGAAGGCUACCCAAAACGUUUGACCCAAGUUAAACAAUUUAAAAGCAAUGCUACCAAAUACUAAUUGAGUGUAUGUAAACUUCUGACCCAUUGGGAAUGUGAUUAAAUAAAUAAAAGCUGAAAUAAAUCAUUCUCUCUACUAUUAUUCUGACAUUUCACAUUCUUAAAAUAAAGUGGUGAUCCUAACUGACCUAAGACAGGGAAUUAAAUGUCAGGAAUUGUGAAAAACUGAGUUUAAAUGUAUUUGGCUAAGGUGUAUGUAAACUUCCAACUUCAACUGUUUAUACUGUACUCAGAUCAUACAGUGAUAGUGUUGAAAUCAUAACAACACAUAUCAACGAGUGUAACAACAGACCCCCUAUUUGCGUCAACAUUAGAGGUUAGCUUAAUGGUUAACAAUGAUAGCCUGUAAUUAUAUGAAACGGCAGCAUCUGGCCGUAGUGUUUGUGUUUCUAUUUGAAGUCGACAGUAAUGAAUGAUUCGCUCCACAGUAAAUUACACAAGAGAUGGCAUAUAAUACUCAAUAAUGAACAGCUUUACACCCCCUUAGUUAAACAUACCACACAUGCCAUUCAGAAUACUUUGAAUAUCAGUUUGUCAAAUGUUUGUUUCUCAAAUGAUGUUUUUGUAACAAUAGAAGGCUGGCGUCUUUCCCUUAUUAGUUUCAGAUGCUGUUUAGGUUUACUCAGAGAACUAAGUAUUGCCAUAUGGACAACAUCCAGAUAAUUUUCACAGCUCUGUACUGUGGUUCACUCCUACCUCCUUUGUGUUCUAACAGAAUGACAUCACACCUCUCCAUGUGGCAUCUAAAAGAGGAAAUAGUAACAUGGUCAAACUGCUGUUGGACAGAGGCUCCAAAAUAGAUGGCAAGACCAAGGUGAGUGCCUUCACAUAAUUAAAUAUAACACAGUUUAUAUAUAUAUAUAUGAGUGCCUUCCAUUCUAUAUUUUUUGUAGUAGAAGUAGGCAUGUUGUCAUGUAUAUGCCUAACUGCCUAACAUGCAGCACUUUUUCAUUGAUGACAGAUCAUGUUAUAUUUUUUAACCCUGUUCUAAUACAGUAUGUAUGCACUCACUUAAAUAUUAUCAAGAUAUGUUUUUUCAGCAUUUCAGUCAAUAGUGGGCUGAAUGUUUCAUGACCUUCCACUCUGUGGUCCUAUUGACCGUGUUGUUGUGUGUAGGACGGACUGACACCUCUUCACUGUGGAGCGAGGAGCGGUCAUGAACAAGUGGUUAAGAUUCUGCUGGACCGCGGAGCCCCCAUUCUGUCCAAGACGAAGGUAACACCUGCUCCUAUCAUAUACUUUGUUGCUCAAAUUAUAAUAUUUGCUUGUAAUAUUAUAAUAUAGCUUUAUAAUAACUUGUAAAACACAUGUUCAUCCAGGUAACAUUUGCAAAGCAUUGAUCUAAAGUUGUUUGCAAAUGUCUCCUACCACUGAUAGAAUUGUGAUUGUCACAGAACGUUGCUGUAAUGUUACAUUUUCAACCGCUACAGAACAUUGAUAUAACGAUAUGUCUGUCACCCUUCUAGAACGGGCUGUCCCCUUUGCACAUGGCCACUCAGGGCGACCACAUCAACUGUGUCCAGCUACUCCUCCAGAAUGACGUCCCCGUCGAUGAUGUCACCAAUGACUACCUGACAGCGCUACACGUGGCUGCCCACUGUGGACACUACAAAGUGGCCAAGCUCAUAGUGGACAAGAAGGCCAACCCUAAUGCUAAAGCACUGGUGAGAAAGCUGGGUGGAGGGUUGGGCUGCCGUGUAAGAAGAGGGUGUACAAAUUCAAGAUUCAAAUGCUUUUGUCCAUUUUAGUUAGAAACUGACAUUUGUCUUCGGCUUAUAAACAACAUAAAAAUAGUGUCAGUUAAAAAACUGUUUACAUAAGAAAAUAUUGUAUUUUCAGUGCCACAGUGUUUCACAUUUCAGUGUCACAUUUCAGUGUUCUUAUUUUGGUUGCUGUGCAAAUGCUGUGGGUACAAACAACUUUUCAUAGCAGCAUUUUCGUGCACACAGAAUCCUGAACCUGUGACCUGAGGGCAGGAGCUCAAAGACGUUGUGGAGAGGGUGGGACGGAUUUCUCAUGUCACUCUGCUGACUACGCUUGUGUAAUGUUCUGGGAGUUGUGUCUGUUUGUGUUCUGUUAUCUUGCAGUGAUGAGAGGAAAAUCUAAAUUGCAAGUGACAAAUAGAUAGAGUGAGGAUGGGGGAAUAAGAAAGUGAGAUGAAGUGAAGGAAGUUAUGACUUUUGCGCCCUGGGUGGGGUUGGCAACUGUCUUUUUCUUUAGCCAUGCUCAUUUCCUGAUAGCACAUUAACUUCCCCUUUCCAUACUGAUAAAAGUAAUCAGAGCUGUGACAAUGCACGCCCAUCCCACAGUUAUGUGCCAUUCACAACAACACAGUGGGUGUAAGUCGCUUUGGAUAAAAGCGUCUGCUAAAUGCGUCUGCUAAUUGGCAUAUUAUUAUUAUUAUUAUUAUUAUUAUUAUUAUUAUUAUUAUAGUGGGUAGAGCUCUCAUAAAGCUCUCAUAUAGAUACUCCCUUCAAGUGGCUUGUGUUUGAUGAUCUGCAGAGCUACAUGUUUGAGAAUGCACAUGUAUGUGUGCGUGCCUGUGUGUGUUUUGAGAGAAAAUACUGAUUUGGAACACUUCACUGAGUAUGUUGUCAUGCUUUGUGGUGACUGAAACCAUGGUUGUGGUGGCUCUGUGGUUUAGUGGCAAGGAGAAACUGUGUGGACAAUUGUUACACGAUUGUGGCAUAAAACUCAGUUAAGGUUUACAGUACGAGCUUACUCUCUCACAUGUUUAAACUACAACAUAAAAAAUAGGGGUAAAGGGAAACUGCCAUUUUCCUUAGAAAGUAGAUAUGUGCCAAAAUGCCUGAGGAGUUGAGUAGUUUCUGUUUAUAGACUUGGUUUUGUGGUAUUCUGUUUCUAGAAUGGCUUCACCCCACUUCACAUCGCCUGCAAGAAGAAUCGCGUCAAAGUGAUGGAGCUGCUGCUGAAACACGGCGCAUCGAUCCAGGCUGUGACCGAGGUACGCUAGGGGUAGAGGGCUGGGCUGGGCCUGGGGUAACACACAGGGCGUUAGGGGUAGGAGGAAAUAAUUCAUGUGUGCGUUUCUCUUACUGUAAGACAGAGGUGUCAAACUCAUUUUGCCCUGUGGACCGCAUUUGGUCUUCAACGAGGUAUGUAGGUCCGUCAACAUUUGCUAAGAAUAGUCCUCUAGCCAUCGUUUUGGGAAUUUUCGAUGCUCCUUGUGUCUAGCUUUCAUUUUGGUGAUUAUUAGCAAGCUGGACACAGUCAAGAAACUGUAUGAAUGUAGGUCCAUUAUCAUUUCUACACAGAUUUGAUUUGGUUGUAGUCAUUUUAAAGUAUAUUUAGAUCAUCCCCCCCCAAAAAAAGAAUAAUCUGUAUAUAAAAUAAAGUGUAUUGUAAAUGUUUUUUUACUCAAACCACUUGCAGGCCGGAUUGGACCCCCUCACGGGCCGAAUCUGGCCCUCGGGACAUAUGUUUGACACCCCUGUUGGAAGAUAUACUGUAGGUACAGUUGAACCCAUGCUAUUGAUUGGUAACUAUCAUUGUGAUUUGCUUGCAGUCUGGACUUACUCCUAUUCACGUGGCAGCCUUCAUGGGACAUGAGAACAUUGUCAACUCUCUGACACAUCACGGAGCUUCGCCCAACACCACCAACGUGGUGGGUGUCACACUACACUCAGCUCUUCAGAUAUUCAACAAAAAAUUAUAAGCUAGUCAAAAUUGAGUAAUACAUACCAUGAAGAUUACCAAUGUCUGUCUGUCUGUCUGUCUGUCUGUCUGUCUGUCUGUCUGUCUGUCUGUCUGUCUGUCUGUCUGUCUGUCUGUCUGUCUGUCUGUCUGUCUGUCUGUCUGUCUGUCUGUCUGUCUGUCUGUCUGUCUGUCUGUCUGUCUGUCUGUCUGUCUGUGGUUGUGGGUGUGUGGGUGUGUGGGUGUGUGUUCCAGAGGGGUGAGACAGCGCUGCACAUGGCAGCACGGGCAGGUCAGGCAGACGUGGUGCGAUACCUGCUGCAGAAUGGAGCUAAUGUGGAGACCAAGGCCAAGGUGAGCAGGGGUCAGGGAGUCCUCCACAUACACCUUUGUUGUCUAACUGGGUUGUGAACUGAUUUGGUGUCACUUUUUUUAACAUUGUGAAGGGAAUGGACAGAAUAUAAUCGUGUUUGUCUCCCCCCAGGACGACCAGACGGCGCUGCACAUCUCCAGCCGGCUGGGGAAGGCCGACAUCGUCCAGCAGCUGCUGCAGCGGGGGGCUUCUGCCAAUGCUGCCACCACGUCAGGCUACACACCCCUCCACCUGGCUGCCCGCGAAGGCCACGAGGACGUAGCCGCCAUGCUGCUGGACCAGGGUGCAUCGCUCUCAGCAUCCACUAAGGUCGGUGUGAUUGGGUUAGGGUCCAACCAGAAAAUUAGAAGCAAGCACUCACAAAUAAAGAAUUACUUCGAUUUAUUAUUAGCAGUUCAACCAUGGUCGUUGUGGUUUAGUCAGUUGAUGAUCUGUAGGGUCAGGCUAAGGACAGUGUGGAUUGAACAUUUCUAACAUUGAUUGGAGAACAAUAGUCCUUUGAAGCCACUGUUCCUCAUCACUGGUGUUUCUUUUUCAUUUCCUAAACCUUAUCAGGAUGGAAAUGACAUGAAAGCUAAUUUCCUUACACUUCCACACACGUAAUUGAGCUAUGAGCUUCUUGAAGGUCAAAUAAGACCUUGGGGUAUUGGUGCAUGUGUGCGCAUGUGUACAUGUGAUUUUGUGCCAUGUGAUUUUGUGCCUCCAUCUCUCUCUCUCUCUCUCUCUCUCUCUUUCUCUCUCUCUCUCUCGCUCUCACUCUCUCUAAAACACACACUAUAUCUGAGGGGACAGUACCUUAGGUACCGUAGCUGUCCAGAGGCAUGACGUCAAGUCAUAGUGGGACCAGUUGAUUGGCUGUGCUAGUACUGCACAGUACAGUGACUGCAGAGACCGCCAAACCAAACACAGUUAUUUUGUUUUAACAAUAAUAUCAUGGAGGAUCCUCUUUGCAACAAGAAGUAUAAUUCCUUUGGAGAUGUUAGAGAACAGCACCUGAAGAAAAGUAGGCCAUAACAGCACAUCACAAUUACAUGGCAAUAUUGAGUGUGAAUCACAACAUUAGGAAAAAUUAGGCCAAAGGUUGCUGUGUGUGAUAUGGGAGUUAUCUGUGGGAGUUCCACAUUCAUCUGGAAAAUAUGACCUAUGGUCUUAAAAUACCCUCCCUAACACAGAGGGACUUCACCAAGAUGAACAUGAUCACAUUAUACGCUAUCCUUUUAUAGAUGAGGAAUAGGAUAUGAAAAACAGACCCAGUGACAUAUUUUCUCAGGUUAUCACAACCCACUGAGCAAGACAAACACCUUUCCCAAGCACCCACCAUACUUCCUUUCACAUGGCAAUGAAGCUAAAGUGAACAAGACCCUACUAUAAGGUUAUUUAACAGUAUGCCAUUGCAGUGUCCCCGUCUCUUGCUGUUGUUGAACGGUUUGCUACAUUAUAGAACCUUACACAUCUUGAAUGCACCUCAGCUCUCAUGUUCAACAGAUAGUGCUGUCAGUUAGGUUGUCAGAGCAGGUCUGUUCUCCCUGGCUGUCUCAUGUUGAUGAUGUGUCACCUGAUGUCUUCUACAGAAAGGGUUCAGUCCUCUUCACGUGGCAGCCAAGUAUGGGAAGAUUGAAGUGGCCAGCCUGCUUCUUCAGAAGAGAGCAGCUCCAGAUGCAGCUGGAAAGGUAGGAUAUGUGAAGAAAGCAACUCUUGAAAUACAACAACAUUCGCUUGGCCAUCGAAUUUGAAUUGCUUCUAGUUCUAUGAGAUUGGUUGUGAUGUUUGAGACAUGUCCACUCUCCCCUCCCCUCUGUUGGAAUGGAUGUCAUAUGUCAUCCUGUAGGCCUUUGGCCUCCUACCCUGGUCUCACCUGCGUCCUUCUAAAAAGGAACAGAACCCUACUGAAGAUAGACUAUAGGAGCUGCAGCUGAACUGAGGGAAAUCAUGACUUUUCCCAAGACAGCACAGCAAACAGAUGCUUGUCCUCCACUAAAACUUUCUGUGCAUAGUUGUUUUUUUCCUCCUGAUGACAUCCACUCAUUCAUUCUCUUCUGAGACACACACACAUGCUCACGAACAGACACACACACACAAAGACCCACACACACUUAUGAGGAGCCUACUGGUACUAAUGAUGUGUCAGAUCAGAGUCUGUGUGUCCAUCCACCUGAAUGUGCUUAACAUAACAGCAAGCAGGUAUCGUAAUGAAGAUGGAGACUCUUCAAAAAAUGUGUUUGUGGUUUAACAGUGCUUGGUUGUGUACGCUAAAACAAGUUCCCAUCGAAUGGUGUAUCCACACUGUAGCAAAAUAAUAUGUAGGCUGUCAGGCACACACAAUAACAUUAUUUGGUUUCCAGGGUGACUGUAUAUCACUAGAAAUACAUUUUCUGUUGAAUAUAUUUCUGUUUAAAUAUUCAGCAUUUUGAUAGUUGUGUGGAUGCACUGUAAGUGGGCUUCAUUCAGCUUUGUGUGCUCAGUGGUGUUACGCUAAAACAGGUCCCCGUCUGAGUGGGUUCCAUCAGCUCCAUGGCUUUUCCUUCUGUUCUGAUUAUGUUCUGGCUUCCCCCCUCCUGGUGCUUUGGUGUUUGGGCUCCUUCUAACGCCGUGUUGCAUGUGUGUGUGUGUUUUAGAGUGGGCUAACUCCACUGCAUGUAGCUGCUCACUACGAUAAUCAGAGAGUGGCUCUACUGCUUCUGGAUCAGGGAGCAUCUCCCCACGCCGCCGCCAAGGUACUUCACUCAAACACACAAUGUCAUACACAACCACACACACCAUAUCAAGCAUAAUGGGACUAGUACCAUAUCUUGGUACCGGAACCCCCUGUAUAUAGCCUCGUUAUUGUUAUAUAAUUUUAUUGUGUUACUUUCCUAUUUAAUUUUUUGACUUUAGCUUAUUUAGUAAAUAUUUUCUUAACUGUAUUUCUUGAACUGCAUUGUUGGUUAAGGGCUUGUAAGUAAGCAUUUCACGGUAAGAUCUACACCUGUUGUACUCGGCGCAUGUGACAAAUAACAUUUGAUUUGAUUUGACCAUACUGAUUUGGGUCCAUUGAUCUGAUUACAGUUUAUUUUUCUUUUCGCUUUGGUACAAUUUUCACAAGUAUGUGGUGAAUUCUCUAAACUCUUAGUACAAAACUCCAAACUGGUAACACUUGUAAUGCAGCCAGUAUACAUUCAAAACCUUUCAUUGUGCAUUCAUUUUGUUUGUAGACAUCUUGCGCCACACAACCAUUGAUCCAAAAUAUAAGUUGAAUCAUCAUACCUUCUCAAUUUAGUUAUUUUAACAACCAGUUAAUCCAAUAGCAACAAAUGCAACAUACUGUACAUGUUUCAAAAUGGCCCUUUGAAUGUAGUAUGCUACAGUACUGUAAAUUACAGUACAUUACACUGUUUUCACAUUGACUGAACAUCACAUUUCCAUAAUUUCUAUCCCAUGUGUGAUCAAGGGUGUGAUCACUGAAUACAUCUUUCAUAAUGUAAUCAAAUGAAAGAAAUGAAAGAAAGCUGGUUGAGAGAAUGCCAAGAGUGUGCAAAGCUGUCAUCAAGGUAAAGGGUGGCUACUUUGAAGAAUCUCAAAUAUAAAAUAUAUUUUGAUUUGUUUAACACUUUUUUGGUUACUACAUGAUUCCAUAUGUGUUAUUUCAUAGUUUUGAUGUCUUCACUAUUAUUCUACAAUGUAGAAAAUAGUAAAAAUAAAGAAAAACCCUUGAAUGAGUAUGUGUGUCCAAACCUUUGACUGGUACUGUAUGUCUCAAUUUAAAUCAUUGCAUGCCUCAUCUAUGGCCUGAAGGAUGGUGGUACACUCAUGGGGAAGGCAAUCAUACAUCUUCCAGCUGUAUUGUAAUCAUGUAUUGUAUUUUACAGUAUUGUAUUGUACUUCUGUAUUGUAGUGGUCCUGUUUGUGGCUCAGUUGAUAAGAGCAUGGCACUAGCAACACCAGAGGUGUAGGUUCGAUUCCCACUGGGGUCACAUACCAAAAUGUGUGGAAUGUUGACACUUUGGAUAAAAGAGUCUGCUAUGUAAAUGGCAUAUAUUACAGUAUUAUAGUACUGCAUUGGCCAGCAACUUUUGGAUAGAUGUUUACUGUAUAGGGGAUGCAUUUCUUUCUUGUUUUGGACUUUCUGGAUUAUUUACGUAUUGGUAUUGUUUUGUAUUGAUAUUGUAUUACUGCACUGUAGGAGCUAGAAACACAAGCAUUUCGCUGCACCUGCGGUAACAUCUGCUAAUCUGUGUACGCGACCAAUAAACUUUGAUUUGAUUUGUGACUGAAGUAAUAGUUAUCAUCAUAGUAGAACAUUCAUACUUUUUUUGUUUCAUACUUUUUAUUUCUACUUUACAGACAUACAUUUUCAUUAUGUAGUUCUCAAAAUCUGAAGUACAAACCAGUUUACAUGUAAAAUCUAUAGGUUUACCAAACGUUUAAGUGAUCAUCAAUUAAGAGCAGUAGGAUUAAGUAAUAGUCAAAUGUAUUUUUAAUGAAAGAGAAGAGAAUCGUAUGUAAUGAAACAUUGCAUUGUGAAAGGCAAUAACUUUAUAUGAACCUGUAUUGGAAUGUGAAACAUGUAUUUGUAGAUGAAACACUGAUUAGGUUUGGUGAAAAAGUGCUGUAUGAUUUUGUGUGUUUUACUUAGUCAAUUGAAAAUGUGCCUUUUUGAUGAUUUUUUGAGUUUUGUAUUAAGAGUUGUGAAAAUGUACCACAUACUGUAAAGCAGGCAUAAUGAAGAUUUUUUACCUUUUGGUCCACAGUACCAGCUGAUAACCAUUACAGUACCAGCUGAUAACGAACUGAUGAACCAUUCAUUAAUUUGUGUUUUUUAUACACUUACUAAUAAUAAUACGUCAUUUAGCAGAUGCUUUUAUCCAAAGCGACUUACAGUCAUGCGUGCAUACAUUUUUGUGUAUGGGUGGUCCCGGGGAUCGAACCCACUACCUUGGCGUUACAAGCGCCGUGCUCUACCAGCUGAGCUACAGAGGACCACUUAAAUGUGUUUACAUUUGUUUGUUGUCUCUUGUCCUUGGCCUGUGUUUUCUUUGACAUUGUCUGUGAGAGUUGGGUUUAAUAUUUGGAUUGGCUUAACUUUAAAUACAUCUAGUAGCUGAAAGAGUACACUUCAGUAAAAGGUACAUCAUGCUACAAACUGAUUGUUUUAUUAACCAAUGAUGAUGAGAACAGGAGAGGAUAGGAGUGAUUACACUUCCAUUGCUGUCUUUCAAAGAGGAACAAUGUAUGAUAUAGUAUAUAUGCUAUUGUGUGAUAGGAUUCAGUGCUAAGUUGACUGCUUCAUACUGCUUGUUUGUCAUGACUGUCACAGCCUUCUGUGUGGUCCUAUAGAAAAGCAUGGUAACUUAGUUACUGCUGUUGUUGAACCGCAUAACAGUCAGACGAAGCUCUACAUGUGCCAGAGUGGACCAUGCCCAGUGACUUAGGGUCACCUUUUGGUUGUCUUGUGGUCGUACAGGCCCUGCUGUAGUGUUGGAAAUCAUGCUCAGGCUGUCCACUUACAUCCAAUAAAACUCUCUUGGAUGGAGAAACAUUGAAGCCUUGUAAAACAAUAUUUCUCUCUUUCUCUCUCCUUCUAUACAGUGCCUUCAGAAUGUAUUCACACCCCUUUACUUUUUCCACAUUUUGUUGUGCUAAAAAUUGGAUAAAAAUUGAUUUAAUUGUAAAAAAAUUGUAAACAACCUACACAAAAUACACUAAUGUAAAAGUGGAAUAAUGAUUUAUGUAAAAUUGAACACUAAUAUAUCUUGAUUAAGUAAGUAUUCAACCCCCUGAGUCAAAACAUAUUAAAAUCACCUUUGGCGGUGAUUACAGCUGUGAGUCUUUCUGGGUAAGUCUCUAAGAGCUUUGCACACCUGGAUUGUACAAUAUUUGCACAUUAUUUUAUUAAAUCAUUAUUUAAGAUCUGUCAAGUUGGUUGUGGAUCAUUGCUAGACAACCAUUUUCAAGUCUUGCUAUAGAUUUUCAAGCCAAUUUAAGUCAAAACUGUAACUAGGCCACUCAGGAACAUUCAGUGUCAUCUUGGUAACCAACUCCAGUGUAUAUUUGGCCUUGUGUUUUAGGUAAUUGUCCUGUUUAAAGGUGAAUUUGUCUCCCAGUGUCUGUUGAAAAGCAGACAGAACCAAGUUUUCCUCUAAGAUUUUGCCUGUGCUUAGCUCUAUUCCGUUUCUUUUUCUCAACAAAAAAACCUGCCUAGUCCCUGCCGAUGACAAGCAUACCCAUAACAUGAUGCAGCCACCACCAUGCUUGAAAAUAUGAAGAGUGGUACUUAGUGAUAUGUUGUGUUGGAUUUGCCCCAAUCAUAACGCUUUGUAUUCAGGACAAAAAGUUCAUUUCUUUGCCACAUUUCUUGCAGUAUUACUUUAGUGCCUUAUUGCAAACAGGAUGCAUAUUUUGGAAUAUUUGUAUUCUGUACAGGCUUCCUUCUAUUCACUCUGUCGAUUAGGUUAGUAUUGUGGAGUAACUACAAUGUUGUUGAUCCAUCCUCAGUUAUGUCCUAUCACAGACAUUAAACUAUGUAACUGUUUUAAAAUCACCAUUGGCCUCAUGGUGAAAUCCCUGAACGAUUUCCUUCCUCUCCGGCAACUGAGUUAGGAAGGGCACCUGUAUCUUUGUAGUGACUGGGUGUAUUAAUACACCAUCCAAAGUGUAAUUAAUAACUGCAUGCUCGAAGGGAUAUUCAAUGUCUGCUUUUUUUUUUAACCCAUCUACCCAAUAGGUGCCCUUCUUUGCAGACCAUUGGAAAAGUCUCCCUGGUCUUUAUGGUUGAAUCUGUGCUUGAAAUUCACUGCUUGACUGAGGGACCUUACAUUUAAUUGUAUAUGUGGGGUACAGAGAUGGGGUAAACACUAUUAUUGCACACAGAGUGAGUCUAUGCAAUUUAUUAUGUGACUUGUUACGCACAUUUUUACUCCUGAACUUAUUUAGGCUUGCCAUAACAAAAGGGUUGAAUACUUAUUGACUCAAGACAUUUAGCCUUUCAGUUUUUAUUAAUUUGUAAACAUUUCUACAAAACAUAGCACCACUUUGACAUUAUGGGGUAUUGUGUGUAGAUCAGUGACACAAAAUCUCAAUUUAAUUAAUUUUAAAUUCAGGCUGUAACAACAAAAUGUGGAAAAAGUCAAGGGGUGUGAAUACUUUCUGAAGGCACUGUAAAUCUGUGUUAACAAGCUACAGUCAGUGUCUCUUAUCUACUUUCAGUGUUUUGGAAAAUAAACUAAAUAUUCUCUAGGAAGCUUAGGCUUGGCUUGGUGAAAUGUUGAGAUUAAGGUUUAUAAGUCACAUGACAGGAAACAGUCUAUGUGUUUCUCAGCUGCCUGCCCCUUUGGCUUCAGUCACAGCAGACACACACAGAGACAGACAGAUAGACAGACUGUCACGCCCUGGCUCUGGGGACUCUAGUAUGUUGAGCCAGGGUGUGAGUUUUCAUUUGUGUUCGUUCUAGUAUUGUGUUUCUAUGUUGGCCAGUAUGGUUCUCAAUCAGAGGCAACGUGAAUCAGCUGUUGCUUGUUGUCUCUGAUUGGGAACCAUACUUAGUCAGCCUGUUUCCCACAGUAUGGUGUGGGAUCUUGUUCCUUUUGGUUUGUGUUUGUACCGUAGGACUUCACGUAUCGUUUGUUGUUUUGUUCGUGUAACAUUAAUAAAAAGCAUGUUCACCUUCCACGCUGCGCCUUGGUCCUCUGUUCCCGACGAUCGUGACAGAAGUUCCCACCAAGACUGGACCAAGCAGCGUGUCCAGGAGCCAUCGCCAGGGAGAUCUCUAGCGGAUCUCCUUCGCCUCCUCGACUGGGUCAAGCCGUGUGAGGAAGAGAGGGGCUUGACUUGGAAGCAGAAGGGCGAAAGGCUGGCAAGAGAUAUGGAGACCUGGUCCACGGGUAGGAGAGAAGCCCAGAAUUUUUAGGGGGGGGGGCUCACGCCGUGGACGACGGGGCAGCAGGAGACCGCGAUAGAGCGGCCCAGCGGGUUGGCAGAGGAGGCCACCAGGUUACGGGGGCCACUGGUCAAAAAGGGGAAGGAAGGUGUAGAGGCACGGCGAGAGGUACUGGGGUGUGUUACCAGUCCGGUCCGGCCCGUUCCUGAUCCCUGCGUAGGGCCAGUGGUGUGUGUCCCCAGUACGGUCCGGUCUGUUCCUGUCCCUUGCACCGAGCCUGUGGUGCGCGUCGCCAGCCCAGUCCGGUCCAUUCCUGCUCUCCGCACCAAGUCAGUGGUGCGCUUCGUCAGCCCGGUCCGGCCCGCUCCUGCUCCCCGCACCAAGCCAAUGGUGCGCGUCGCCAGCCCGGUCCGGCCCGCUCCUGCUCCCCGCACCAAGCCUAUGGUGAGCGUCGCCAGCCCGGUCCGGCCCGUUCCUGCUCCCCACACCAAGCCAGUGGUGUGCGUCGUCAGUCCGGCACGGCCCGUGCCUGUUCCACCGGUGCCUGGUCCGGCACCGGUCAGCUGCUUCACGCCGGAGCUAGAGCAAUCCGCUCCACCAGUGUGCAGUCCAGCUCCGGCCAGCGGGGCCAGACCGGACCAGGGGUACUUUAGGGGGUUGGAGAGGGAGUGGGGAUCAUGCCCGGAGCCGGAUCCGCCGCCAAGGCGGAGUGCCCACCCGGUCCCUCCCCUGUGGUGUUUGGUUGGCGCGGCCGGAGUCCGCGCCUUUGGGGGGGGUACUGUCACGCCCUGGCUCUGGGGACUCUAGUAUGUUGAGCCAGGGUGUGAGUUUUCAUUUGUUUUUCGUUCUAGUUUUGUAGUUCUAUGUUGGCCAGUGUGGUUCUCAAUCAGAGGCAACGUGUAUCAGCUGUUGCUUGUUGUCUCUGAUUGGGAACCAUACUUAAGCAGCCAGUUUUCCCAGUGUUUGUGGGAUCUUGUUCCUGUGUAGGUUUGUGUUUUGCACCUUUGGACGUUACGUAUCGAUUUGUUGUUUUUGUUCGUGUAAUCAUUAUUUAAUAAAUAUGUUCACCUUCCACGCUGCGCCUUGGUCCUCUGUAUCCGACGAUCGUGACACAGACAGAGAGAUGGAAAACUGGAAAAUUAUACUGUCUGGAAAGCCAAUGACCCAAAACAGUCGUAGAAUAAGAAAAACAAAUCUGAUUUAAUGCAUGUAGUCUUACUGUGUCAUCAACUGUGAUAUGAUAUGCUUGUUAUCAUGGUAUGAACUAAUAUUACUGCCUUGCACUGAGUUACCUUCUUUCUUAUAUGACAGUCGAAGUAGGUGUCAAGAGCUUGUCUUGCUUUUCCACAUCUGCCUACUGCCUCUACCCAUGUUCUCGGCUCUCUUUAUUACAUCCCCCACCGCCCUGCACCCCUUGGACUUUCCAUGGCGUUAAAGCCCACCUGUAGUGUCAUACCACCAGUGGAGCUCCUCUAACAGUUCUCUCCAGGGAAACCCUUUGGGAUGUUGGGAUGGAUCUGGCUUUAACACCCAGCCAAAAACUCUUGUUCUACCUGCCUGCCGCUAUUGUUGUUUAGUAGUGUGUGUCCAGUGAAGGGAGAAGAGGGUGAAACAUGUUGUUUCUGUUAACAUCACCCUGGUGGUUGAAAUGUGUCUGACAAGACUAUUUUAAUUAUUUAAAUAAAACAAAAGAUAUCCCUAGGCUAACCAAGGCCUUAAGUUAAAUCUUGCACCUAGCUAAGAUUAUGGAAUGUUUACAGUGUACUGUGUGUUAUAAUCUCUUUAUCUAGAACCCAAAUGAGGUCCCAUACAGAUAAAUAUUUGGAAAAAUAAUAGAAUAGAGUAGAAUAGAGCAGGGGGCAUAAACACACUGCAAUUUAAACUUAAAAACUGCAAAUGGCACAAUCUGCCCCAUGGCAAAUGUGUAGAAUUGCAAGAAAUUAGCUUUAAAACUGCUAACUGUUCUCUUUGCCCAAGGCAAAACGUGUAGAAUUGCAGGAAAGUAGCUGCAAAAUGUUCUCUCUGAUGCCAAGAGGAGGGCCUUUAAAAUAUUAUUUCCCAGGGCCUGAGACUUGAUUUCUCCGGUCAUGUACUGAAGUCAUAGUAAAACUGCUUGUAUGGUAUUUUCAUCACACUCUAAAGUAAGAGUUGUGUUCUGAUAUUAUGAGGGGGUCCAUGAUGAAUUUGCUAUCACAAAAGGGGUCCCCGAUGCUAAAAGGUUUGGGAACUCCUGGAAUAGAGUACACUCAGAGAGUGCUGAAUACCUUUCCCCUGUGUCUCUUCUUCUUAGAAUGGCUACACACCCCUCCACAUAGCUGCCAAGAAGAACCAGAUGGACAUAGGGACCACGCUACUUGAGUACGGGGCGGAUACCAACGCUGUGACCCGCCAGGGCAUCAGCCCUGUUCACCUGGCUGCACAGGAGGGCAGUGUGGACCUGGUCUCUCUGCUGCUCACCAAGAACGCCAAUGUCAACAUGGGCAACAAGGUAACACACACACUGUGUAUACACAUACAGACAGACAUACAAAGCACACACACAGGUGCACACACAGCACAAACACAGCACACUAUACUACAUUCACAUAAACACACACACACACACACAACACACGCACACUCUCACCUGGUCUCACAGGAGGGUAACAUGUGGAAAUUAUAUUUUUACAGCUCAACACUCAUAGGCCUCAAGACCCAUCAAUACCUUGGACACACACACUCAUAUAGAACACUACUGUUCACAUGCACACAUACACAACAGGAUGGCGCCGACAGACAUGGUCGCCCUGUUUCUACAGUGGGGAAAAAAAGUAUUUAGUCAGCCCCUAAUUGUGCAAGUUCUCCCACUUAAAAAGAUGAGAGAGGCCUGUAAUUCUCAUCAUAGGUACACGUCAACUAUGACAGACAAAAUGAGAAAAAAAAUCCAGAAAAUCACAUUGUAGGAUUUUUAAUGAAUUUAUUUGCAAAUUAUGGUGGAAAAUAAGUAUUUGGUCACCUACAAACAAGCAAGAUUUCUGGCUCUCACAGACCUGUAACUUCUUCUUUAAGAGGCUCCUCUGUCCUCCACUCGUUACCUGUAUUAAUGGCACCUGUUUGAACUUGUUAUCAGUAUAAAAGACACCUGUCCACAACCUCAAACAGUCACACUCCAAACUCCACUAUGGCCAAGACCAAAGGGCUGUCAAAGGACACCAGAAACAAAAUUGUAGACCUGCACCAGGCUGGGAAGACUGAAUCUGCAAUAGGUAAGCAGCUUGGUUUGAAGAAAUCAACUGUCGGAGCAAUUAUUAGGAAAUGGAAGACAUACAAGACCACUGAUAAUCUCCCUCGAUCUGGGGCUCCACGCAAGAUCUCAUACCGUGGGGUCAAAAUGAUCACAAGAACGGUGAGCAAAAAUCCCAGAACCACACGGGGGGACCUAGUGAAUGACCUGCAGAGAGCUGGGACCAAAGUAACAAAGCCUACCAUCAGUAACACACUACGCCGCCAGGGACUCAAAUCCUGCAGUGCCAGACAUGUCCCCCUGCUUAAGCCAGUACAUGUCCAGGCCCAUCUGAAGUUUGCUAGAGUGCAUUUGGAUGAUCCAGAAGAGGAUUGGGAGAAUGUCAUAUGGUCCGUGUUGCCCAGCGACAGCCCCAAAACAUCACUGCUCUAGAGGAAAUCUGCAUGGAGGAAUGGGCCAAAAUACCAGCAACAGUGUGUGAAAACCUUGUGAAGACUUACAGAAAACAUUUGACCUGUGUCAUUGCCAACAAAGGGUAUAUAACAAAGUAUUGAGAAACUUUUGUUAUUGACCAAAUACUUAUUUUCCACCAUAAUUUGCAAAUAAAUUCAUAAAAAAUCCUACAAUGUGAUUUUCUGGAUAUUUUUUUCUCAUUUUGUCUGUCAUAGUUUACGUGUACCUAUGAUGAAAAUUACAGGCCUCUCUCAUCUUUUUAAGUGGGAGAACUUGCACAAUUGGUGGCUGACUAAAUACUUUUUUUCCCCACUGUAGCUCCUAGCCAACUUUGCAGUAUUUUUAGUUAGUUCUUACAUUAUUUGCGCAGAACUUUUCUUGGAUUAUUUACCGACAGCUGAAAAUAACUUUUGGAUAUUAGAUCGACAGUCACUCACCAGGAUUUUGACCAGAAAUGUGAAUUCCCUGAAUUUGAUUCUUUAUUUGAACUUCCAGAGGCAAGGAGUAGGCUCUUAGUCAGACUCAGGAGGCGUACUCUGUUUUAUGGAAUCAUGUCUCUCUCCGGAUAUACUGUUCCCCUCCAUUCAGCCAGCGGGGUUCUCUGUCCAUCACGCGGACAGGAAGAAAGAACUCUCCGGGAAAAAGAGAGGUGUAUGUUUCAUGGUUAACAACUCAUGGUGUGAUUGUGGUAACGUACAGAAACUCAAAUCCUUUUGUUCUCCCAAUCUGGAAUACCUCACCAUCAAAUGCCGACCGAGAUAAUUUUCCUCUCAAGGAACUACACUGGACUUUGUGCAAACUGGAAAACGCAAAUCCUGAGGCUACAUUAAUUGUACGUGGGUACAUGAAUAAAGGAAAUCAGGAAAACGCUACCUAAGUUUUAUCUCCUGUGCUACUCGCUCAUCAAGCACUCUUGACCAUUGCUACUCCCCCGCCCUCCCUUUGGCAAAUCAGAUCACGCCUCCAUUUUGCUCCUCCCCUCCUAUAGGCAGAAACUUAAACAGGAAGUACCCGUGUUAAGGAAUGUUCAACGUUGGUCUGACCAAUCGAAAUCUAUGCUUCAAGAUUGUUUUGAUCACGCAGACUGGGAAAUCUCCCGGGCUGCCUCUGAGAAUAGUAUUGACGUAUACACUGACUCUGUGACUGAGUUCAUCAGGAAGUGCAUAAAGAAUGCUGUUCCCACUGUGACGAUUAGAACUUAUCCAAACCAAAAACCAUGGAUAGAUGUCAGAGAGACUGAAAAACAGCUUCUAUCUCCAGGCCAUCAGACCAUUAAAUAGUCACCACUAGCCGGACUCUGUCCAGUACCCUGCCCUGAAUUUAGUCAGCGUUACUAGCCAGCUACCACCCUGUACUCUGACCUGCACCUUAGAGACUGCUGCCCUAUGUACAUAGUCAUUGAACACUGGUCACUUUAAUUAUGUUUACAUACUGUUUAUCCACUUUAUAUUUUUAUACUGUAUUCUAGUCCAGGCUCAUCCUAUAUAACUACUAUAUUUCUUAAUUUAAUUAUUUUUGGGGGAUUUGUGUGUAUUGCUUUGUAUUGUUAGGUAUUACUGCACUGUUGGAGCUAGAACCAUAAGCAUUUCACUGCACCUGCGAUAACAUCUGCAAAAUAUGUGUAUGCGACCAAUAAAAUUAGAUUUUUGAUUUGAUUUGACAACCACAGACACAUGUAACCAAAGGCACAUACAUAGACAUACCAGUGGCCAGGCUUUUCUGGGGCUGAUUUAAGCCCGCUAAUAUUAGCCUAGAGGGCCUGUGUCAUCGUAAUGAGCACUAGUUGAAGGCAGAUUAACACCUCUCGCCACAUUAGCAUAGUGGAUUAGACCACAGCUGAGUCUCUCAUUUUCCCUGAUGCUUUUUACUGAGUUCAAAAGCAGCCGCAGGAUUUUCAAAACAACCUCCCUGCUAGCUAAUGUCCUAUCCCUGUUACUUUUUAAAAACGUGGAUGAAAAGAGGCUUUGCUUUGACAAAGCUGCGAUCCCCCAGCCAUGAAAAAGGCAUUCUAACCGUGUGUGUGUGUCUAUGCGCGCAUGCAUGUCUCUUUCAGAGCGGUCUCACACCUCUCCACUUAGCGGCGCAGGAGGACAAAGUCAACGUGGCAGAAGUCCUGCUCAACCAGGGCGCGGACAUCGACCCUGAGACAAAGGUGAAGGUCACGCUGUUUCUACGGCAACCACAGGGAACAGACCGUACAGACUAUCACAGUGAAAGCCUGUGGGACAAAGAGAUGCCCUUGAUUUCAACUCUCCUCUGUCAAUCAUAGACCAGGGGUUAUAGAUGGUUAAUUCAUGUGUUUAGAAUAGUGCAUUAAAUAAGUGCUAAAGAUAAACACCUACCCACACACACACACCUGUUCUCAGGUGAGCCAUGAAUAAAGGAUAGGAGGACACCUGAGUGACAGGUGUUUGUGUCUGUACAUGCGGCACUACCAGUAACCUCCCCUGCUUCAUGCAGAAGACCGCCCAUUGUCGUCACCCCCCCCCCCCCCCCCCCCCCCCACAAACACAGACAGAGACCUACAGCAGCUCAAGGUUACACAGCAUGAGGUUACACACUGUGUUUGUGCUGACAGCACACUGGUUGAAAGCCAAGGCUGUUCAUCCAUUCAUCUUUUCUAUCAGGUGUUUCUAAUAGAGAAGUGUUAUUAAGUUCUUGAUGUAUAAUAGGAAUUUUGUGUCACACUUGUGUAAAGUUAAUGUUAGUUACGUCCUACACACACGAGGGCUGUGACGUCACAGGACGAGAAGUAACAAGCUCACAUCUUCCUUUCUUUCUCUCUAUUGUUCCCCCUCUCUCUGUCCCUUUCCCUUGGGUAAAACAGAUGGGAUACACUCCGCUGCAUGUGGCUUGUCACUAUGGCAACGUCAAGAUGGCAAACUUCCUCAUACAGAACCAGGCCAGAGUUGAUGGCAAAACAAAGGUAAACAACUGAAGAUCUCUCCCAUGUGGUGUUCAUUUGAGCGUAUUUACCUUUGUCAGGUUAUGUGUGUGUGUUAUUUCACCUCCCUAACACUCUCUUUGUUUUGGUCCCUCCCGCUCUCCCUCCCUUGCUGCCCCACUGUUUGUAUUACUAUUUUCUCCCCCUUGUUUUCUCUUUGCAUUCCCCUUUCCUCACUCCCCUCAAUUUCUCCCCAUCUCAUUCUUUCUCUCACUAUCAUCCCGCUCAUCCCUCCUUUACUCUCUGUCUCUGUCCACAGAACGGCUACACGCCCCUCCACCAGGCGGCGCAGCAGGGUCACACCCAAAUCAUCAACCUGCUGCUGCAGCACGGAGCCUCAGCCAAUCAGCUGACCGUGGUGAGUGAGGCACCAUGGGAAAACCUGCUGUCUCAGCAGCUCUCUGACAGAAGCCCCAGUCAGCAGGGAUACACAGAAACAAAUAGAGCAGCAGGACACAUACAAUAGUAUACUGUACAUACAUUGUAUACUGUACAUACACAUACACAGCACUAAUGUGUCCACAAGAACAAAGUAAAAACACACACAUAUUACAACCUCCUAUCCUUUACACCUCCAAUUCUUCUCCUCCUCUUCACAGAACGGGAACACAGCCUUGUCCAUUGCCCGUCGCCUUGGUUACAUCUCUGUGGUGGACACUCUCAUGCCGCUGACUGAUGAGAAUCUGACCUCUGUGGUAAGACGCCAUGCCUGUCUCUUUGUCCAUUUGCCUUUGUUUGUCUGUAUGUUUAUCUUUCUGUAAGUUAGUUUGUCUCUCUGUUUUCCUGCUCGUCUAUCUGUUUUCAUGUGGACCAGUGUGGCCUAGCCCCAUUGUUAUUGCUUGUCUUUGUCCAGUGAAUAUUGCUUCUGGCGCUCAAUUUGACUGUAAAUCUCAAUUGGUGUAUUGUACUCAUUGAUGAGUCUACUCACCUGGCAUGAACACAGACCUUUAUCUGAUACUAAUUGUGCAAGCAGACACAGCAGCAGUGGAAGACUUGAGUUGUGUUCCAUUGCUGUACUGGUAGCAGGUGUAGAUUACGGAAGUGCAUACCCAAACACUAGUCCAGUUAUCACACGUGAGACACCUUGCAGUACAUAACAUGCUUAUCUCUCUGUGUGUGUUAUGGUGCUAUGGUAAUGCAAAGCAAAUAUCGAUUUGCAUUCCUAGUGGAUGUAAAACAAAUGCAAAUCCAGACUAGUGGUCUGUCUCUAUGUACAGUAUUUGUUACAGUCAUCUGACCAUGUACUUGGGGUUCACUAAAAGUACAGAAUAAAUUAAUAAACAUUAGUUUAUUCCUCUGAUGAAAUUGGGCCGAAUCCUAACAUGAGGUGUGAAAAUACUGUACAACUCAAACCUUGAAAUCACUGGAUGAGUUACUUAUGCGUAUCUCAAAUUAGUACUUGGCCCUGAAACAGUAUACAAGAGUAACUCCAUGUGAUUCCAGAAAUGCUCCCUCACAUAUUUGAUAGUGACCUGUGUGAAAAGCCCAGAUUGAAUCUCCUGGUGCUCCUCAAAUAGCCCCUGAGACCUGAUCUGUCCACGUGUCAGGAGGGAUGUAUUAAUAGUGACACCCAGGGCCAAGCAGGGGUCACUGGGUACAGUAGAAUUCAUCUACAUUAUUCAUGUCUCACUCUUUCCUCUUUUAUCACCAGACUACGACAGAAAAACACAAAAUGAACGUCCCAGAGACCAUGAACGAGUUUCUGGACAUGUCUGAAGAUGAA